GCCGCAGCAAACAUGAAGGUCAUCACUUGUGAAAUAGCGUGGCAUAAUAAGGAGCCUGUUUACAGCUUAGACUUCCAACAUGGAGCUGAUGGGAAGAUCAAUCGACUGGCCUCAGCAGGCGUGGACACAGCCGUUCGUAUAUGGAAAGUGGAAAAAGGGCCAGAUGGAAAAGCAAUUGUGGAAUUCUUGUCCAACCUCGCCCGCCAUACCAAAGCAGUAAAUGUUGUGCGCUUCUCUCCAAGUGGUGAGAUCCUAGCAUCUGGAGGAGAUGACGCUGUUAUUUUAUUGUGGAAGCUGAAUGAUAGCAAAGAAUUGGAACCAUUAGUUUUUCAGGAUGAAGAUGAAGCUCAGCUCAACAAGGAGAACUGGACAGUCAUUAAAACUUUAAGAGGCCACUUAGAAGAUGUAUAUGAUAUUUGUUGGACCUCAGAUGGAAAUUACAUGGCAUCUGCUUCUGUAGAUAACACAGCUAUAAUGUGGGAUGUCAAUAAAGGACAGAAGGUUUCAAUAUUAAAUGAACACAAGAGUUAUGUCCAAGGAAUAACCUGGGAUCCUCUAGGCCAGUACAUUGCAACUCUGAGUUGUGAUAGGGUCCUGCGGGUAUACAACACGCAAACCAAGCGUGUUGCAUUCAAUGUUACCAAGAUGCCAUCCGGAUCAGGAGCUGAAGGAGAGGCUAGGAGCUAUCGGAUGUUUCAUGAUGACAGCAUGAAGUCAUUUUUCCGCAGGCUCAGUUUUACUCCUGAUGGCUCCUAUUUACUCACUCCAGCUGGCUGUGUUGAAUCAGGAGAAAAUGUAACAAACACCACAUAUGUUUUCUCCAGAAACAAUCUUAAAAGGCCCGUGGGUCACCUGCCAUGUCCUGGAAAGGCAACUCUUGCUGUUCGCUGCUGCCCAGUCUAUUUUGAGUUGAGACGAGCCUUUAAUAAAGAUGAAAUCAGUCAGAAACUGUCUCCUGCUCUGUUUAAGCUGCCCUAUCGAUUGGUGUUUGCUGUUGCUUCAGAAGAUUCUGUGCUUUUUUAUGAUACUGAGCAGUCCUUCCCCUUUGGUUAUGUUUCUAACAUACAUUAUCACACCCUGAGUGACAUUUCGUGGUCCAGCGAUGGAGCCUUUCUUGCUAUUUCUUCCACGGAUGGAUACUGUUCAUUUGUUACCUUUGAGAAGGAUGAACUGGGAAUAGCACUGAAGGAGAAGCCACAGAUAAAUGUCAGAACCUCUGGUGCAACAGAGAAGAAAGUGAAAAAGAGCCAGUCGCACAAAGUCAUUUCCCCAGGCUCUAGGCUGACAGAGGGGACUCUUCCCAGCAGGGUCACCGAUCCCACCACUCCCACCCUCCAACCUAGAACACCCACAGCUGCCGGUAAGGACUUGCCUUCCACACCUGUUAGCAUAAAAAAUGUUCCAGUCUCAUCCUCAGAUGAGAGGAAAAUCAGCCAGCCAGCUAGCCAGAGCACUAAAGUAAACCAGCCCAGGAGGAUUACUCUCAACACUUUACAAGCAUGGAGCAAGACGCCAAGGAGAGUAAACUUGAUUCCACCGAAGCCAGAUACACCAACCUCUGCAUAUACAGAUACAGUUCCUAUACCUCCUUCCUCAGAACAGGAACAUGAGAGGCCAUUACCAUCUGAUGACAGUCUUCAAAAUCCCCCAGCAUCGAAACGUCCUAGAACUGAGGAAAUGUCUCUUUCUACAUCUGCUGAAGAUCAAAUCGGCUCCGAUUCAAACAAAUAAAGGCUAAGCCUUUAGUAGACUCUUCACAGUCUGAAGGCAAUGCAGCCAUAUCUGAGAGUGCAUUUUUUUUUACACAAAUGUUAAAUCCUCAAUUCCUGAUUAAAGUACCAAAUGCAUAUUUGACGUAGUGCUGUGAAGAAACUGGCAGUAGAAGACACAGGUUUCAGGAAUGUAGCUUCGCAGAAGAGGAGGUAUUUGGGAAGUGACUUUUAAGUGCGUUUCUACUUCUUGAAGACAGCAUUCUUCAAGAAAUGCCACAGCUUAAGGAAAUCAAGGAAAUCUGGGUAUAUUGAAAAGCCAUACAGUAACCUAGGAGUCUCCAUCAAAGUCCCUAAGUUGAUGUUUAUAAAGUAGUAUGUCUUCCAGUAACCUGUCUGGCAAAAGAACAGAAUUUCUAAGGACUUAAAUGCAUUCAUAAUGAUUUGAUGUGGUUUAAGACCAAAAAAAAAAAGAAACAGUUUCAUUGAAGCAUCUUGGCUUAUAUGUUUAGCAGUGUGCAAAAUAAUUCAUGCUCUCCAGUACAUGUGGAAGGGAAGCUGAUGUUCACAUGCUCUGAAUGCAGCGGCAUACAAUAUGACUGAUAUGAUUGAAACAUAAAUCAGAACUUGUAGCUGCAAGAAACAAGAAAGCAAAAGGAAUAAACCCUCUGAAGAUGUGUUAUAAGCAUUAAAGAGCGGAGGAAAGUUCUUAAUUGUUUAGUUACUUUAUUUAAAAAAAAAAAAAGCAGACAUGAGAUUUUCCUGAGGCAGCAGGAUUUGAGCGUAUACAUUAAAAGUUUCCCCCGUUUCUUUUUUCCAAAUCUUAACUUCCUUAGCCAAUAAAUGAGACCAAAAUAUUUGAAAAUCACUACACUGGAUUUGCUAUGGUGUGCAGACUAGCCUCCAGAAGUAGAAUGCUCAGCCACAGUAUUCUGAGCUCAUGCACUUCAUUUUGUUUAACAUCAUGGACUUGAUUUUAAAAAGUAAGAUAAUUCUUAAAAUGUGAAUAGUCGUUCUAGCUGAUGAUAGCAUGUAGAAGUUUUGAACAGAAUUUUCUUUCAUGAUUUAGGCUAUUCUUCUAUCACUUGAAGUUCCACAACACACAGGAGGGGAAAGCUGCAAUUCAUAUUAAAGGUCUUUGACUUUCAUUCUUCCCUGGAUUUGGUUGUUUUUAAGGUGUGUAAUUUACUUAGUAUUUGUUUUCUGUCGGUUUCUAAGAAAGUGG